CGCCUCAAAGUCCGAGCCCCGCGCCGCGCUGGCACGCUUGAAACUGUCUCUCCGUCGUGGUGUACCACUGUGUUAUCUCCCUUGAAGCGCUUGCAAGCUCGGGCUCCGGUUGUGUGCAUCAAUUGCUGCAUUUGACGACUGCUCUCCCAAAACCAGUGCUCUCCGGUUUGCAGAGACCCACUCGUGCGCCGGAGCGACUCGCGGAAGCUGCGAGAUAUACCGUUUGCAGCAUAUCGGCAGCCAGCACGAUGCGCGCCUUUCUCUUAGCCACCUAUGCUGCCGCAUUCGUCAUGCGACGACCAGCAGUCGUCCGCAGCGGGCACCGGAGAAUAAAUUCGAUCGUCGACGACCUAGCAGAGCACGACGUCGUAGAAUAUAGCACAGACGACGGCGGCCUGGGCUUGGGCGUGGUCUGCGAAGACGGCACGAUACACCCUCUCUGCUAUUUUGUCGAGGAAGAAGAUGACGGCCCCGUGGACUACGUCUGGGACGAGGAAGUCGACGCGGUAGAAGCCGAGCGAGCGGUGCGAGUCGUCGACGACGUCUACCCGAAAACGAGGCAGGCGCAGCGCGGCGUCGACAAUCCGCACGGCGAGCAUGCGGAGGACGUCUACGAGAUCGAGCGGGGCGCGCUCGACGAGCGCGUCGUCGUCGCGUUCCGGCCGGAGCGGGACAUCGUCUGGGGCUAAUGUGUUGUAC